AUGGCUGCCAUGUUCAGUCCGGCGCUUCACAGGCAGAGACAUCAGUUUGUCAUCGAUUUUGUCAAGCAGCACAAACCCAAAAAGGUGGUGGACCUGGGCUGCAGUGAGUGCAGCCUCCUCAAAAAACUCCGGUUUCACCGUGAAAUUGAACUGCUGGUUGGUUUGGACGUCAACGGUGCCAAAGUCAAAAAACAUAUGUAUGGAUUAGCUCCUAUAUCUACUGACUACCUGCAGCCCACUUAUGAUCAGCUGUGCAUUGAGCUCUACCAGGGGUCGGUCACACAGGAAGAUGCCCGCCUCAGAGGAUUUGAUCUGGUGACUGCUAUAGAGCUCAUAGAGCACCUUACUCUUGCUGAUGUGGGGCUCUUCUCUGCAGUGCUGUUUGGUUACAUGACCCCAGUGGCAGUUAUUGUCAGCACCCCAAACUCUGAGUUCAAUCCCCUCCUGCCUGGACUAAGAGGUUUCAGACACAGUGACCACAAGUUUGAGUGGACCAGAGCAGAGUUCAGAUCGUGGGCUCUGAAGGUGUGUUUGGAUUAUGGUUACGAGGUGGCGUUCACUGGUGUUGGACAAGCACCACAGGGUCAGCAGGAGAGUGUUGGCUUCUGCUCGCAGAUUGGUGUGUUUCACCGGAUUGGAGGGAGAAAUGGAUGCAACAUGUUACUUGACGAUGAUGCAGACGAUGUGUUUUCAUACACACUGUUGUAUAGUAUAAAGUACCCCAGCCUGCGUGACAACAACACCUUGCGCCGGGUCCUGGUGAGUGAAGUGCUGUACUCUGCAGAAAAACUUAAGGAUAGAUGGUUGGAGGAGAAGACUGGAAACAGGGAUGGUACACAGUGUCAAACUGAGGAAGGACGGGAUGAAUUCCUCUCAGAGCUGUGCAUGGAGAUGGAGGAGCAACAGACAGCAUAUGUAGAACAGAUGAAAAAUCCAUGGGAGCAGUGUGGGAGAAGUGUGUCAAACGAUGAAGAAGAGAAGUAUGAUGAGAUGCUUGAGACACAAGGCCACAAACAUCAGGGACCUUGUACACUGAGGAGAUUUAUUUUUUUUCUCUGUGCUGGUAGGUAUGUGUCUGUACCUCUGGCUGUGCUGUGGUCCUGCUGUCCCAAAGUCUGUGCACUGAGUGGAAGUCUUAGUAAUCUCAGACAUCUGCUGAUGGGAAAUCCAGAAGUUAAACUGAGCCAGGACGGCUCUGCUGUGCUUGUAGCUCACCAGGAACAAGACCAGGAAGAGGAAGAUGUUGACAAUGAUUUGGAGGACAGCGGGUAUGCAGGGGCCAGCCACUACUCCCAUAGUGCUGAGCAAGAGGAAAACUGGGAGGCAAAUGUUUGAUCUGAAGGAUGCAGCUUUGUUGUCACUAAAGCUAGGUGACUUGUUUAAAUCUAUCAAAGAAAGGUUUGAUUAUGAGUUGUACGAACAAUCCUAAUUUGACUGAAACUGUUAUGAGUCUGAAACAUGAGUUCAGAUCAAUGACAAUAAAAUGACCACUGGUCACUAAAAUAUAAGUGUAUUGACUGAAAGCAACUUUGAAAGUCCACAUGUAAGUAGUA